AUGAGCGGCCCCCCACCGACUAUUGAGAUACAGAACGAGAAACUCGAGGCGGCGCAAGAGUGGUUACAUCAGAAUGGAAACAAUGUGGGCGGCAUUGAGUACACGCCCGCAGUGGAAGGUGCCGAAGAUGGGUACCCGACGCACACAAUGACUAUCAGGAGGAAAACCAGAAGGAAAGAGGAUGGGCCUCUAGAGAUAAUAUGCGGAUGGAUUUUCCAGCAUCAGAUUGGUCUUUCAGUCAACUUACUGAUGCUCCUCUCGUUGACCCAUAUGUGCUUUCCUCGAGCUCGCAGACAUGCUCGCAAGUUCUUUGAACUCUCCUACUACAACCCUGACUCGGGAGCAUAUCGUGCGGGCUGGAAUGAUGCUUGGAUGGUGUUCUUUUGGAUUGUUGUCUUUACUGGUCUUCGCGCCGCAGUAAUGGAGUACAUUUUGAUCCCUCUGGGCAAGAGGGGAGGUGUGAAGACUGAGAGAGAUCAGACCAGAUUUGCUGAGCAGGCUUGGCUCUGGAUCUAUGCUACAAGUGCAUGGAGUUUGGGUUUAUACAUCCUUUCUAAUUCCGACUACAUGUGGGAUUUCAAGGAGCUGUGGACCAAUUGGCCAAAUCGCGAGAUGGACGGACUCCGAAAGUGGUACACUCUCGUCCAGUAUGCCUUUUGGCUGCAGCAGGUUCUUGUCAUCCACCUCGAGGCAAGGAGAAAGGACCACUGGCAAAUGUUGGCGCACCACAUUGUUACGACAGCACUGAUAUUCACGAGUUACGGAUACCACCAAACUAAAGUGGCCAACCUCAUUCUCUGCACCAUGGACUCUGUAGAUCUUGUCUUCCCACUAGCGAAGUGUCUCAAGUACAUGGAAUUCACGACUGUCUGCGACGUACUCUUUGGUCUUUUCAUGACUAUCUGGUUCGCCACUCGGCAUGUGAUUUUCUGCAUGAUUUGCUACUCUGUCUGGGCCGAUAUCCCCAGGACAAUCGAUUAUGGCUGCUAUAGUGGCAAGACUGGCUCUAUCAAGGGGCCCUUCCCAGCUCCAGAUCGAUUUGGGCAUCUUUUUGACCCAUUCCGCAACCCUGAAGGCGUUGUUUGCUUCAAUCACAAAAUCAAGUGGGGGUUUCUCAGCGCCCUCCUCUUCCUCCAAUUCCUGACGAUCAUCUGGUUCUUAAUGAUCGUUAAAGUGGCAAUUCGGGUCCUCAAAGGCGGAGAUGCCGAUGAUGUCCGCAGUGAUGAUGAAGGUGACGAGGAAGAGGAGCUUUUGGACGAGAAGAUCAUAUCCACAAUUGAGCAGAUCGAUGAAAUGGAGCUGGCACCAUAUGAGGAGGAAGUGGGCGUUGAGUCCAUCAACUUGAAAGGCAGGAAUUUUAACACCAACAAGUAUAAGAAGACUGCUAGCAGCGCCAGCGGAGUCAGUCUUCCAGGGCACAGCGAUAGGAAAGAGUUGCUCGGACGGAUCGGGUGCGACAAAGGCGUUUGA